GCGUACGGAGGCCUGAGGGGAUCGCCGGCGAGGAUCGGCGGGCGCAGGAACUUCAACCGGGAAAGACUUCAAGCAGAGCGCACAGUAAGAUCUGUUGACCCAUCCAAACAAAGUCAGUACACGUGGCCACACAAAUAGCCCUCUGAAAUCCGUAUUUAGAAACUUGAUCCAAUCGAAGUGGCAGAAAGCCAGCAUUUAUAAAUCUCUACCUUCGCCUAUAAGAUUUCUCCCAGAGGAAGCACUAAAGCUGAAAAACUGACAGUCGUUUUCAAGAAUCUGAAGACCAAAGAAUGUCAAGUAAGGAAGUGAAGGCAGCAUUGAAAAAUGCCAGAGAUGCAAUAAGAAAUAAGGAAUACAAAGAAGCUUUAAAACACUGUAAGGCGGUACUGAAACAAGAGAAAAACAAUUACAAUGCCUGGGUGUUCAUUGGAGUGGCCGCCGCAGAGCUCGAGCAACCGGAUCAGGCCCAAGGGGCCUACAAGAAAGCUGCCGAACUUGAACCCAACCAGCUGUUGGCCUGGCAGGGGUUAGCUAGUUUGUAUGAAAAGUCUAACCAAACAAAUGCCAAGGAAGACUUACCCAGUGUUUACCAAAAACUCUUGGACCUCUAUGAAAGCAAUGACAAGCAGAAGUGGUGUGAUGUUUGUAAGAAGCUUGUGGAUCUGUAUCACCAAGAAAAGAAACAUCUGGAGGUGGCCCGGACCUGGCACAAGCUGAUCAAAAGCAGAGAGGAGGAAGGGGCCGAGAAACCAGAAUUACACCAACUAUGGAAAAGAAUGACCCAGUUAUUGGCUGGCUGUGCAGAGGAUCAAAAUAAUGAAACCCAGCAACUGCUUUUAACUGCAUUUGAGAAUGCAGUGAAAUCUGCAGACCACAUUCCUAGCGAAGAUCACCAAAUGCUCUACAAAGAUCUCAUUCAGUGUUUAUCUAGAGUUCCUCAUGAGACAGCCAGGCUGAGGAAGGCCUGUGAAGAUAUGUUGGUGAUUUAUCCCACCGUGCAUUACCCAUUAGAAGUACUUACUUUGCAUUUAAUUCAGUCUGGAAAUUUCAAUGAUGAGGUCAUGCAGUGCUGCCAAAGGCUUGUGGAGAUGGACCCCCAAAGCGGCCCAGGUCUAAUUGGCAUAGGCAUGAAGUCACUGCAAGACAAGAAAUACGAAGAUGCUGCCACAAACUUAUCCAAAGGGUUACAGCAGAGCAACUCCUGUACAGCUGGAUGGUAUCAUUUGGCAGAAACACAAGUGAAAAUGCACAGGCAUAAAGAAGCCGUUCUUUCCUGUAAUCAAGCUCUGAAGACAUUAGAAGACAUCACUGUUCCUGGAGGGGGUCUUCAUCAGAAGAAUCUCUGCCUCUCUCUGAAAGCAGAGGCUUUGAUAAAACUCGGAGGUUGUGAUUAUGCAGAGGAAGCUAUUAGUACCCUUGAACAGGUUUCUGAUGGAAAUAACAUCCCAGUGCUUUUAGCUCUCAAAGGCCGGGCUUAUCUGAACAAAGGCUUAAUUGAGGAAUCAUUAAAGAUUGCAGAAGAUCUAGUCUCAUCCCAUCCUGACUUAGCCGAAGCCCACGCUCUUGAGGCUGUGAUUCAUUAUACCAGAGAGGAUUAUCACCAAGCAGAAAAAAGUUUCCUGAGGGCUCUUGAAAGGAAAGCUGAUGUUGCUGAGUAUCAUUACUACCUUGGGUUAACGUACUGGUUUGCAGGUGAUGCUACAAGAAAAGAUAAAUCAAAAGCUCUUACCCAUUUCCUGAAGGCUGCAAAAUUGGACUCGUACAUGGGGAAGGUUUUCUGCUAUUUGGGUCUUUAUUACCGAGACAUAGCUGAUGAUAAAAGCCGAGCUCGUGGUUGCUUUAGGAAAGCUUUUGAAUUGGAUGAAACCGAUGAAGAAGCUGGAUCUGCAGCUGUUGACUUAAGUGUGGAACUGGAAGAAGUGGAAACCGCAUUGGCUAUCCUGACGAAGGUAACUGAAAAGGCUAGUGCCGGGACGGUGAAAUGGGCCUGGCUCCGGCGAGGGCUCUACUACCUGAAAGCUGGGCAGCAUUCGCAGGCCGUGGCCGAUUUGCAGGCAGCUUUGAGGGCAGACCCAAAAGACCACAACUGUUGGGAGUCCCUUGGCGAGGCAUAUUUAAGCAGAGGCGGCUACACGACGGCGUUAAAAUCCUUCACCAAAGCCAGCGAUCUGAACCCCGAGUCUACCUACAGCGUGUUUAAGGUGGCCGCGAUCCAGCAGGUCCUGGGAAAAUAUAAAGAGGCUGUAGCUCAGUACCAGCAGAUCUUAAAGAAGUCAGAAGAUUAUGUCCCGGCCCUUAAAGGCCUGGGUGAAUGUUAUCUCCUGCUGGCACGGGCAGCUCUCGCCGAUUACCUUGAUGGGAAGGCCGUGGAUUACAUCGAACGAGCCCUGGAAUAUUUCACAUGGGCUCUACAGCAUCGACCAGAGGUAUCUUGCCUGUGGAAGCUGGUUGGAGAUGCCUGCACCAGUCUGUAUGCUGUUUCGCCAUCUAAAGUCAAAGUUAAUGUUUUAGGAAUCCUCCUUGGCCAGAAGAAAGGGAAACGAAAGCUGGAGAAAAAGGAACUACUCAAUCUGGGGGGAAGGUGUUAUGGCAGAGCUUUAAAACUCAUGUCUACCUCGAAUACGUGGUGUGAUCUUGGGAUGAACUAUUAUCGGCAAGUACAGCACCUAGCUGAAACAGGCAGCGACAUGAAUGACCAUAAAGAAUUAUUGGAGAAAUCUUUGCAGUGUCUGAAAAAAGCAGUGAGAUUGAACAGUAAAAACCAUUUACACUGGAACGCCCUUGGUGUGGUUGCCUGUUGCACUGGUGUUGGAAACUAUGCCCUCGCUCAACACUGUUUCAUCAAAUCAAUUCAAGUUGAACAAAUCAAUGUUGUUGCAUGGACCAACUUAGGAGUUUUAUACCUCGCAAAUGGAAAUAUUGAGCAAGCUCACGAAGCUUUCAAAGUAGCACAGUCUCUGGAUCCGUCGUAUUUAAUGUGCUGGAUUGGACAGGCUCUUAUUGCAGAGACCGUUAAAAGCUACGACACUAUGGAUCUCUUUCGCCAUACUACUGAACUCAGUAUGCAUACGGAAGGCGCUUUAGGCUACGCAUAUUGGGUGUGCACAACUCUGCAAGAUAAAACCAAUAGAGAAACAGAGCUGUACCGCUACAACAUCCUGCAGAUGAACGCCAUUCCAGCCGCACAACUUGUUUUAAGCAAAUACACAGAAAGAAUUCAGAAUUAUGCUCCAGCGUUCACAAUGUUGGGCUAUCUAAAUGAAUAUCUUCAACUGAAAAAGGAGGCCGCUGAUGCAUACCAAAAAGCAAUCUUGUUGCUACAGACCGCAGAACACCAAGAGACCUACAAUGUUACAAUAAGACAUUAUGGUCGUUUGUUAUGUUCCAUAGGUGAAUAUGAUAAAGCCAUCCAGGCUUUUAAAUCAACCCCUCUUGAAGAGUUUGAUGAUAUUAUAGGUUUUGCCCUAGCUCUAUUCAAAAAAGGGCUUUUCCAAGAAAGCAACAAGGCCUAUGAACGAGCCCUGUCUUUGGCCACAUCUGAGCACGACAAAGCCCACGUCCUGACAGCCCUCGCCAUAACCCAGUUCAAGCAAGGCAAAACGGAUGCUGCGAAGACGUUGCUGUUCAAAUGCUCCAUCUUAAAGGAACCAACUACAGAAAGCCUCCAAGCCCUGUGUGCUCUGGGUCUGAUGCUUCAUGAUCUUGCCCUCUCCAAAGCUGCCCUUAAUGAAUUACUGAAGCACAACAAGCACAGAGAUAGUGAUUACCAGAGAUGCCUUAUUACCUCCGCUGUGUACGCGCUCCAGGGUAGAAAAGUGGCUGUGCAGAGACAAGCAUCCAAAGCUGUCCAUAGUAACCCAGCCGACCCCGCUCUUUGGUCUCUUCUCUCACGAGUGGUUCCUCAGUUUGCUCCACGUAAUGCCAAGGGUGGAGCUGUGGCAGGAAACGUGGCUCACAUACUUGACUUAAACCAUGGAAAGAAGGCCUUAUUGUACACUGCAGUUAAUCAGUUGGCUAUGGGAAGCAGUUCAGCAGAAGAUGAAAAACAGAAUGCACUGAAGACCAUCCAAAAAGCAGCCAUCCUCUCUCCAGACGAUCCCGCAGUUUGGACAGGGCUAAUGGCAGCCUGUCAUGCUGAAGAUACAUUGGCUGUCUUGAACAACACAGAGCCCAAGAGGAGAAAUCUAGAGAAGGCAUUGGUAUCCAUGCUUUCCACUCGAAUUAAAGAAAAGGACAUCCCAGAGAGUUACAGCCGGAAUCUUGAAACAUGGUCUCUUUGUCAAGCGGUCACGGGGCUGAUCGAGUCUGAUAGGACAUCUGAAGCUGAAGAGCUCUGUACCAAGAAUUUAAAAACUAGCCCCGACCAGCCAGCUGUCUUCUUGCUUUUGAGACAAGUUCAGUGUAAACCACUCCUGCAAUCACAAAGCCAGCUCUCUGAGGCUGUCUUAGAGGAGCUGCAAAAAACGGUUAUGACCAACUCUUCCUCGGUUCCAGCCUGGCAGUGGCUGGCCCAGGUAUACCAAUCACAAGGAAUGAUGAGAGCUGCAGAAAUGUGUUACAGAAAGAGUCUCCAGGUGGCUUCCCAGCAGGGGAAUUGGAAUGGGAAGCUGUCAAGCCUGCUGAGGCUAGCCCUCCUUGCCCUAGAAGUCUGCAUGGCAAAUGUGUCAAGCGAUCACUGGCCGGCUUUGGUUCAGGAGGCCACGACGGAAGCCUUGAAACUCUGCUUUUGUCCACUGGCUGUUCUCCUGCAAGCUCUGCUCCAGUUCAACCGCAAAAUGGGAGCAAGGGAGACGCGGCGGCUGUUGGAGAGACUGGUGUACCAGCCGGGAUACCCCAAGUCCAUCGUGUCCUUUGCACGUUGGUACCUCCUAAGACACCUGUAUGCCAAAUACGAUUAUGAACUUAUCGACACACUUGUUGCCAAUGCUAAAGACAAUGAAGAUGCUAGAAUGCUGGAAUUGAACCAGAAGUUGUCGUCAUCAGAAAAAUAGGAAUUUCUUAAAGCAGCAAACAGAAGGAAGCUGUCGGAAGAACUGAGGAAUGAAUCCAAAGCCUAUUUUUUGUUAUUGUGCACAGAAUCCUUUCCUGCCCCUCCCACAAGGAAAUCAUAAAGUUUUUGCUUUAGAACCCUCCAGAUGGAAUUUGGAUUUCCACUGUGGAAUUUGAGAUGACACUCAUCUUUAAUUUGGUGUCCACAGAAGGAAAGGCCUUCUCCUUCAAGAAAAUGAAUGUCAAGCAUAUGUCUGCAUCUGGAGUGCUACGGAGCAGAGUGAAGUUCAGACCCUUGAAUAGUCUUCAUAUUCCUUUCCUUAGUAUGCAAAGUUAUUAAUCCAAUUCAGAUGUUUCAUAUGUAAAAUGACAGCGCAAAAUUUGCCUGGAGCCAUACGCUUGCUGCCUAGCUCUUAAAAGCAGUCCGAAGGUUUAAUUCUGUCUACCAUUUCAGUUGGUUGAAUUAAGCAAUAUGACAUAAUGAAAAAUUGAAUUGAUUUUCCCAAAUAGAUUUUCACACUAGAUUAUAAGAAAUAUAGAGUGGCAAAAAUAGUGAGAUGAUUAAUUUUUACAUGAGUGUAUUUGUAAUAGAAGGAUCAGGGGUUUCUGGCUGUACUUAAAAAGAAGUACUCUUAUGAAACAAUAUAUUUCUGGAAAAAUUUCAGACCCCAUUGCUCACAAGUACAGUCAAUGGAUCAUGACAGGGCUUCUUGAUUUGAGUUGAAAAGGCUUUUCCUUCCAUAAAAUAAAACAUAUUUGUUGGCUCUUG